AGGGUACGUGUUUUGUAAUCCUGUUUUUGCAAUCCUUCAGCAGCCAAAGCCAUGACUUGCAUAUCCAGCUGCCCAGGUGUGAAGAUUAGGAACCUUUUGUUCUUUAUUCAGGUGUCACUGAUUAAAAUCUAUAAUAUUCUAUGUUAAAUCAACAAUAAUUAGGAUCUACAGGUGCCAAACCAUCAGCGACUCCUUCCCUUUCAUUCUCGCAGAAUUUGACCGCUCAAGAGUCGUCCGUUCUCUCUCCCCACGUCGCACGGCACCAACAUGGGCGACACCGAUGUGAAGUUGACGACCGUGAGCAAGGGCGGUGCCAAGCUGGGCACGGUGAUCCCUCAGGAAGCCAUGUCGAAGAGCGAUGGCAAGGACGCUAUUGCGGGCAAGUGGAAGAUUGCCGGGGUUGCACAGCCCGUUGACCUUGCCGUCAGUGGUUCAAGUGUGACCUCGGUGCAGAAGCCCUUUGGGAAUGAGCCCUUGAUGGCGGAGAUCGAGGAGAGUGAGGAGAAGUUCGGGCUCCACGUUACUUUGGGGGGGUUCCCAAUGAAGGCAUGGCUGAAGAAGGAGGGCAAGGAUACAGUGCUGGCUUUCUCGAAUGGUGGGCGAUGGUCAAAGCUGUGAGAACGCAACUAUGUGCAGAACACGUGAGGGGUUCGUUUGUUUCCAUUUCUCCCAGCGCUUUUGACUGCUGUACAGGCAGGUGUCCUGUUAUUAUCCUUUGAGACUCAUUAGUGUUUUGUGGUAUC